AUGACUGAUCCUGAUUUCAAGCCUAUGCAUGUGACUGUCGGUCGUGUACAUUGCCUUGGUAACAAUGGUCUCGGUCGUUUCUGGAUCCUACCUGGAUCGCGUGACCGUGCUAAGCAUAUAGCCGAGAACUAUUUCCGAGAUGUAGAAGUGAUUCCCUCUCCUCGUGGUCAUGAUGGUUACAUUGGCAAGUACGAUGCUCCUGACGGAACUGUUGUUGACAUUGGUGUUAUCUCUACCGGUAUGGGUGCUCCAAGUGUUGACAUCAUCGCCACUGAGAUGAUCAAGCUUGGUGCCAAGGUACUCGUCAGAGUUGGUACCGCUGGUGCCAUGCAGAAGACUCUCGGAAUCGGUGAUAUCGUUAUCGCUACUGGUGCCAUUCGUGAUGAGGGUACGACAAGGCACUACAUGCCUCUCGAGUUCCCUGCUCUUGGAUCGGCUGCUGUUGUCACUGCUAUGUCCAGCGCUGCGCAGUUGGAGCUGGAGGACGAAGAUGAACAUACUGAGGGUGGUGCCCAGUGGAUUUACGAUGCUGGUCCGGUCCAUACUAAGGAUUCCCUCAUGGCUAGGGAGUUCAAGUUUGGUCCCUAUGGUCCUGAGCACAAACGCUACAUGGAAGUCUUGGAGAAACUGGGGUGUUUGGCCUCUGAGAUGGAAGUAGCGAUGCUCUUCACUUUAGGGCAAGUGUAUGGUGUCAAGACUGGUUGUGUUCUCGCUCUUAUCGGUGGUGGUAGUGAUCCCAUCUCUGAUAAAGCCAACCUCAAGAGUGAGGCUGUUGCUCGUUCAUGCAGGAUUGUAUGUCGAGGUAUGGCUCAAUUGAAGAAGAACAUGGAUAGGUUCGCCAGUAAGGCGUCGUUGCUAGGUCGAACUGAUGAGUGA